AGAGACACACAGGGGGAGAGAGAGAAGAACAGGCAUGUCUCUCUCUCGCUGGAGACAUUAACUGGUUUUGGAGGCAGAGGGGUGUGAUUCAAGUGAGGCCGGCCAGGAAAAAAAAAAGAAAAGCCAUACUGGGUCAAGAGAAAGGGAAAGGGAAAGGGUCACGAGAAGAAAACAGAAAGCUUGGGACUGAGAGAGAAGGGGGACAAGGCUGCAGCAGCCAGUCAGGCUCGAGUGGGAAAAUCCAAAGUGAGGGAGAAGCGGAUUGCGUGGCAGGAUAAAGAAAGACAGGGGGAAUAUCUGGAAAGUACCAAAGGACACAGAAGAAGGAGGAAUAAUCAAGACGGUCUGCAGACUUGGGGGGGGGGUGGUGGUGGGGGUGGGGAGAAAGUAAGGCUCGGCAGAAGGCUCCCCCGUGUCAGACCCGGAGACGCGACACAGAGCAGGACGCUGCCUACCCCGGACCCUAUCUGCACAGUGACGGCCCUGCCACGAGCGACAUGGAGAAGCGUCCGUUCUCCGAACGAUAAAAGGAUGUCACUGCCAGUGUUGCUGUUGCUACCGUUGUUGACUGUCCAAUGUGGCGGAUGUGAUUUUGAUUUGAGAAGCGUCGGAAACAUACAGGCCACCAUCGAGUCCAACCCGACCGGCUUUCGGACGGUGUUCCCCAAAGACUACUAUGUUGAGCACCACUACAAAAGCACCAUGCUCUGCGACACCGAUCCGUGCUGUGUGUUCCCCGCGGCCGUCGUCCUGCUGGAUUCCUGGCACAUGCUCAUCAGGAACCUCUGGGACGAGCAUCUCAACCACUCCUUCGUCCUCGAGCUGAGACAGACACUGGACAGAAUCUUACGGAAGAACAUACACACAGAGAGAUUCCAGGAGGAGACGGACCUCUCCGGCCUCCCCGCCGUCUCGUCCUCGCCGGAGGAGCUCCUCCAGCUCACGUCGGACCUUUUUUCCCGGUGGCUAGAGGUGGGAUGCUUGGCCUCCGUUGAGACGUGCCCCCUGCCCGCCCUGCCCACCCCGGCCCCCGGCUCGCUCGUAAGGGAAGACUACGGCCCGUCUCGAGCCAGACUGUUAACCACCCGCGCCAUCGAAGGACGCCGGGAGGAGGUGUUUGACAUGACACAGCCGCCCUCCAAUUGCAGCUGCCUAUCCUUAACGUUUCCUGUUUCUAUCUGGAGCCCCCUGCUUCUCGGACUGUGCCGGUGGUUGUUGCCAUAGCUACUCGGAAAGGAUCUCUUAGAUGACGCACACAAAAUGCAAAAAAAAAAAAAAAAGAGGAAAAAAAACAAGAUUUUCUGGCACUGAAUGAUUGUUUCUCCCGCUUUCUGUGUGUUAUAAUGCAGUAAGCUUUGUUAAUAUUAUAUACGUGACAUGCACGGGUUGCAUUAAAUUGUCCAAAGGCGGUUAGAAUAGCUGAGUUCACUGCACAGCAGCGCUCUGUAACAGUCGAUAUCCCGGUUAUACACUAACGCUAUACUGUCUAGAGCAAGCAAAGAGCUACAGCCAGCUACACUCUUCCCGCUAACACGUGUCCGUCGCUCUGCGAGCCGCUACACAUAAGCCAUUGUCUAUCUGAUGUGAAGCCCAUCAAUGUUUACAUUGAAUGUUCUGUAAAUGUACUUGUAAGAUAUUUUUGUUUAUGAAAGUUUUACUUUUGUACUUAUCGUAAAUUCAUAAAUUAAAUUCAUUUGCAUACAAACGUG